CGCUCUCCGCCGUGCGCCGCCGCCAUGGCCUUCGCCACCCGCCACUUCGUGCGCGCCGCCUCCUCCUCCUCCGCCGCCACGGCGGCCGCCAAGAAGCUGGUCGUCAAGCAUGUGACGGUCAUCGGCGGUGGCCUCAUGGGUGCCGGCAUCGCCCAGGUUGCAGCAGCCAGUGGUCACACCGUGGUGUUAGUAGACCAGUCAGAUGAAAUCCUUAAAAAGUCUACAAAAGGAAUUGAAGAAAGUUUGAAGAGAGUGACAAAGAAGAAAUUUGCAGAUAAGCCUGAGGCCGGUGCUGAGUUCAUUGAGAAGACCUUAAAGAACCUCUCAACAAGCACAGAUGCAGUAGCAGUGGUCCACAGCACGGAUCUGGUGAUAGAAGCCAUUGUGGAGAACCAGGAAAUUAAAAACGAACUCUUCAAGAGGCUGGAUAAGUUUGCUCCAGAGCAUACGAUAUUUGCAAGCAACACGUCAUCCUUGCAAAUCACACAGUUGGCUAACUCAACCACCAGGCAGGACCGAUUUGGUGGUCUCCAUUUCUUCAACCCUGUGCCUAUGAUGAAGCUUGUGGAGGUCAUCAAGACUCCAAUGACCAGCCAAAAGACUUUUGAAUCGCUUGUGGAUUUCAGUAAAGCAGUAGGAAAGAGUCCUGUCAGUUGUAAGGAUACUCCAGGGUUUAUUGUAAACCGUCUCCUGGUGCCAUAUAUGAUGGAAGCCGUUCGACUGUUUGAGAGAGGAGAUGCAUCAAAGGAAGAUAUUGAUGUUGCUAUGAAGCUUGGGGCUGGCUAUCCCAUGGGUCCGUUUGAACUGCUGGACUAUGUUGGGUUGGAUACCAGUAAAUACAUUAUAGAUGGAUGGCAUUCAUUAGAGCCCAACAAUCCUCUUUUUGCACCCAGCCCACUCCUGAAUAAACUGGUAGAAGAAAAGAAGCUGGGUAAAAAGACCGGAGAAGGAUUUUACAAGUACAAAUGAACUCCAGACCUCAAGAGGUGUUAAACUGUCUGUGUAUGCUCUUCAGCAUUGCCAUAUUACACAUGAAUUGUGGUUAAACCUUCCCAAGGAUGGCACAAGCUGCAUUUAGAACAUAACCCACCUCUGAACGCAGUGAUUGCACUAGUUAACUAUUUCUCUGGUGGAAGCUUGAUUUGGUAGAUUAUUUUUUUCUGGUAAUUCUGAAAAGCCUUAUAUGUACAGUGCCUUCAUGCAAAUGUUGAUUUUUUUUCAGGUGCAGGACAGAACGACAAGUGAAUUUAUGUGUUUGAAACCUGGUAUUAAUGGGAAAAAAUCCUAAAAAUAACCGCACUUUCUUAAAAAUAAAAUUUUCAACAAUUCUGUAUUGAA